AUGCAUGGUCAGCACAUUAUUGUGUUGUCAUUUUCACGACAUGGUAAAGGCUACACAACACAUCUACAUGGAACAACCGGGCCAGGUGCAAAGUUUUUAACCGAGACAGAAUCAGGAAAAAUAGUAGAAAAGCUAUAUGAUAAUUUUAUGCGACGUAAGUAGCUAGUUAUGAAUAUUUGUAAAUUUACUUAUUCAUCUAUGCCUUCUUGUGGUUAUUCAUAUGUCCUAGCUGCCCUAACCUGUCUUGUCUUGAGCUAUGUUAAUGUAUGACCUUUUUAUUUUAAGGGGAAUUGAAAGUAGAAGAAAAGCGUCAUGGGAGUGCUGCAGCAACCACGUCAAAGACAACGGACGACCUCACCCAACCAACUACUUCUACGCACACUCAUAACACAAACAAUAACAUUAACAACGUCAAUACCAGCAACAAUAACGAUGAUGAUAACAAUGCCUACAACCUCACCAAACCAACAGAUACCACGCUCAUAAUAAAUAACACAAACAAUAACACUACUAACGUGAACACCAGCAACGCUAACGAUGAUGAUAACAACGCCGACGAAGGCAACGCUAACAAUGAUAGCGAUAGCAACUUUAUUGAUAAUCAACAUAACGAAGAUAUUGUAAAUAAUACGAAUCACAAUAACGAUAAAGGUCACGGUAUAAACACACCAAGUAACGAUACGAAUGUACAAAUUACGAUUACAACGACUACAGCAACAACAUCAGACUCUGUCCAGGAACCUAUUACGAAGCGCCCAAGGAGUUCAACAUGUACCCAAGGCACUUCUCAAAGAGUGGUUAUAGGUAUAUUUAGACAUUGUUAUACUAUCUUGAUCAUGAGUGUUUGUUGCCAAUGUACUGUAGGUCGCCAGUUAGGGGAACGACAAAACGCGGACCCCAGGUCCAUGGACUACCUUCGUGGACCUGGUCCAUGGACUACACUCGUGGACCACGGACCACUCCCGUGGACCACUCUCGUGGACCACUUGCAAAAUUUCGCCUACCGAACAAUAGACCAAACACUAUUAUUCCGAGUUUAGGGAGCCGAGAUUGGCGGGAACUAUUUCAUUAUUCAUUUCCAUUAUGUAUUUCACAAUCAAUUCAGUUUUUGUUGAUGAACAGUGAAUACUAAGUCUGUAAAAAUGCUGAAAAAAUGUAGUCAGGGUUCCAUUAAAAAUAUAGGAAUAUUGUGGAGAAUCUGGAGUUUAGGUGUGGUCAAAAGAUUUUACUGAACUAUUCGAAUUUUACUGUUAAAAAUCACUUGAACUGUAGAAGUCGUAAGUUGCAAUGACCUUUCAAUGCCUGAAGGUCCUCUUCCAAAAACAUUAAUUUUUGAAGCUCGAUUACUGCUUUUCUUGCAUUUCCUGUAGCGAUCGAGAAAAAAAACUACCAAUUUUAA